AUAUGUGUGUACACACACACACACCACACACAUUUGAAUGCUACUCAGCCAUAAAAAAGAAUGAAAUUUUGCCAUUUGCACCAAUAUGGAUAGACUUGGGGGUAUUAUGCUUAGUGAAAUAAGUCAAACAGACAAGUAUAAUAUCACUUAUAUAUGGGAUCUAAAAACAUAUUUGUGAAUAUAACAAAAAAGGAAACAGAUUUACAGAUACAGAGAACAAACUAGUUUACCAAUAGGGAGAGGGGCAAAGUAAGGAUAGAGGAUUAAGAGGUGCUAACUACUAUGCAUAAAAUAAACUAUAAGGAUAUUAUGUACAACCCAGGGAAUAUAUCCAGUAUUUUAUAACUGUAAAUGAAAUGUAACCUUUAAAAAUUAUGAAACACUGUUUUAUGCAUGAAACUUUAAAAUCAACUAUACCUCAAAAAACCUCUUGAGAAAUUUCAUUGAUAGAUUGAUCAACAUUUUGAGUAGCUCUUAAAGAAACCUGCCUAUGUGUGUUUGAGAGAGUGAAAGAUGAGAGAAAGGAGGAGAGGGUGAGAGAGUUGGAGGGAGAGAGGUAGACUUAGUUUAAAAAAAAAAAAAAGAAUAAAUGCUAAAUUGUGUAUUGACAAAAGUCAGUGAAAGUUUAGUGGUUUGUAGUACUAGAAGAGCUCUGGGGAUCUGGGAUGGUAGAGAGAGGGUUAGUCUGGGUGUAGGAAAUAACAAACAAUGGCAGAGAAUUUGGAAUGAACGUAGAAUGUCCUAGAGAAGAAUAAGAUGAUUUUUCUUUGUAGGAGAACUUGUCAUGAGAGAAGGUCCUCAUCUUGGGGAGGCUUUGAGAGAUUUUCUUGUGAAAUACUCGAGUAGAAAAAGUUAUUGGGACAAACUUGAGGAUCCAAGCAUAAAGGAAAGAAAAGCCUUGCCAAGAUAUUGAAGAAGGAGUGAGGAUCUCGCCUCCUAAUCUGGGCCUCUUGUCAUGGAUGAAGAGACUCGGCACAGCCUUGAGUGCAUCCAGGCCAAUCAGAUCUUUCCCAGGAAACAGCUGAUCCGGGAGGAUGAGAAUCUUCAGGUUCCUUUCCUUGAACUUCAUGGAGAAAGCACAGAGUAUGUGGGCCGUGCUGAGGAUGCCAUCAUUGCCCUUUCUAAUUACAGACUUCACAUUAAGUUCAAGGAGUCUCUUGUUAACACUGCCUCUCAAUCUGCUGCUUCUGAAAUCCUAGUUCCAUUGCAGCUUAUAGAAAGUGUUGAAUGCCGAGAUAUAUUUCAGCUUCAUUUGACUUGCAAAGACUGCAAAGUUAUCAGGUGUCAGUUCUCAACCUUUGAGCAGUGUCAAGAGUGGCUUAAGAGACUGAACAAUGCAAUCCGACCACCUGCUAAAAUAGAAGAUCUCUUCUCAUUUGCAUACCAUGCUUGGUGUAUGGAAGUCUACGCCAGUGAAAAAGAGCAACAUGGGGACCUGUGCAGACCAGGGGAGCACGUAACGUCAAGGUUUAAAAAUGAAGUGGAGCGCAUGGGUUUUGAUAUGAACAACGCCUGGAGGAUUUCCAACAUCAAUGAGAAGUACAAGCUGUGUGGUAGCUAUCCACAGGAACUCAUAGUACCUGCCUGGAUCACUGACAAAGAACUAGAGAGUGUAGCAAGCUUCAGGUCCUGGAAGCGCAUCCCUGCCGUCGUUUAUAGGCACCAGAGCAAUGGAGCUGUCAUUGCGCGCUGUGGACAGCCGGAGGUCAGCUGGUGGGGCUGGCGAAACGCCGAUGAUGAGCACCUGGUGCAGUCAGUAGCCAAAGCUUGUGCCUCUGACUCCCGAUCAAGUGGCAGCAAGCUGUCAACUAGGAACAAUCCUCGAGACUUCCCCAAUGCAGGAGACCUUUCUGAUGUGGAGUUUGAUUCUUCUCUGUCAAAUGCUUCAGGAGCAGAGAGUUUAGCCAUUCAACCACAGAAGCUUUUGAUCUUGGAUGCACGCUCCUAUGCAGCAGCUGUGGCAAACCGAGCCAAAGGAGGAGGCUGUGAAUGCCCAGAGUAUUACCCGAACUGUGAAGUUGUGUUUAUGGGGAUGGCAAAUAUUCAUUCAAUUCGGAGAAGUUUUCAGUCUCUGCGAUUGCUGUGCACACAGAUGCCAGAUCCAGGAAAUUGGCUCUCAGCUCUUGAAAGCACAAAAUGGCUCCAUCACCUCUCUGUGCUUCUGAAGUCAGCACUUCUGGUAGUGCAUGCUGUGGAUCGUGAUCAGCGACCAGUGCUAGCCCACUGCUCAGAUGGCUGGGACCGCACCCCCCAGAUUGUGGCAUUGGCUAAGCUCUUGCUGGAUCCUUAUUACCGAACCAUAGAGGGUUUCCAGGUCCUCGUGGAGAUGGAGUGGCUAGAUUUUGGCCACAAGUUUGCUGACCGGUGUGGUCAUGGGGAGAACUCAGAUGAUCUGAACGAGCGUUGCCCAGUGUUUUUGCAGUGGCUUGACUGCGUUCAUCAACUUCAGAGGCAAUUUCCGUGCUCUUUUGAGUUCAAUGAAGCAUUCCUUGUGAAACUGGUGCAACAUACCUAUUCCUGCCUCUUUGGAACAUUCCUGUGCAACAACGCCAAGGAGAGAGGAGAAAAGCAUACUCAGGAACGGACAUGUUCUGUGUGGUCGCUGCUUCGGGCGGGCAACAAGGCUUUCAAAAACCUACUGUAUUCCUCUCAGUCAGAAGCCGUGCUGUAUCCUGUGUGCCAUGUGCGUAACCUGAUGCUAUGGAGUGCGGUGUACCUGCCCUGCCCAUCCCCGUCUACCCCUGUGGACGACAGCUGUGCACCAUACCCAGGCCCUGGCACCAGCUCUGAGGAUCCGCCCCUGAGUCGGCUACCAAAGACUAGAUCAUUUGACAAUCUGACCACAGCCUGCGACAACACAGUGCCUCUCACUAGCCGGCGCAGCAGUGACCCGAGCCUGAAUGAGAAGUGGCAAGAGCACCGGCGUUCACUGGAACUGAGCACCCUGGCUGGUCCUGGAGAGGAGCCUCUAGAUCCUGACAGCUUGGGGAAACCAACCAAAGUGCUGGCUGGGGCUGAGCUAUCUGUUGCAGCUGGAGUGGCUGAGGGGCAGAUGGAGAACAUUUUGCAAGAGGCCACCAAAGAGGAGAGUGGGAUAGAGGACCCUGCUCACAGGGGGAUGCAGGAGGUCAAAGAGGAGGCUCUUUUAGAAAAGGAGAGCAGGAGAAAGACCCCUGAGGGCCCAGCCAUUGUAUUUCAACAAGAGCCAGAACUGGGUGAUGAUGCUUUGAGCAGCCAGCCAGGCACCAGCCUUCCUCUGGGUAUUCCUGAGCAGCAGGGUGGGCACAGUGUUCUCCCCAGUUCUCUCCAGGAGACCCCCAGGGGAGAGGAUGUCCAAGAGGUCCCUGUGGAACAGUCUCGAAUAGGAGCUAUGGCAGAGGAUAGGGAGGAAGCAGUCCUUCCAAUCCCAGUAGAUGCAGAAGUUGGUUAUGGUACCUCACAGUCAAGUUCUCUGCCCUCCCAAGUCCCACUUGAGGCCAGAGGACCAAACGUGGACAGUUCCAUGGACUUGUUAAUAGAGGAUAAAAUGAAGUCAGAAAGUGGGCCCCAAGGCCAUCACAGAUCUUGCCUGGUAAACAGUGGCAGGUUCAGUGGCAAGUUCGUGCUUCCUCAAGCCAUGGAGCCCAGGCUUUUGGAGAGGAGCCUGGCUGAAAGGCCCCAGGUGGGAUCUGUGGUGCAUAGGACUUCUCCUGGCAGCACCCACAGCCCAGCACAUUCUCCUUGUGCCUUGCCUUUAGCUGAAUGUAAAGAGGGCCUUGUAUGCAAUGGUGCCCCUGAGACUGAAAAUAAGGCCUCAGAGCAGCCCCCAGGGCAUAGUACCCUCCAGAAGUACCCCACCCCCAAUGGGCACUGCGCUAAUGGGGAAGCUGGUAGGAGCAAGGACUCACUGAGUCGCCAGCUGUCUGCUACAAGCUGCAGCUCUGCCCACUUACCCUCGAGGAACUUGUACCACAAGUGGCUGCACAGUUACUCGGGGAGGCCGUCUGCAGCUGGCAGCCCUGAUCAGCCUUCCCGUAGCCACCUGGACGAUGAUGGCAUGCCUGUGUACACGGACACAAUCCAGCAGCGCCUGCGUCAGAUUGAGUCAGGCCACCAGCAGGAAGUGGAGACCUUGAAGAAACAGGUCCAGGAGUUGAGGAGUCGCCUAGAGAGCCAGUAUCUGACCAGCUCCCUGCGCUUCAAUGGGGACUUUGGGGAUGAAGUGACCUCAAUUCCCGACUCGGAAAGCAAUCUGGAUCAGAACUGUUUGUCUCGCUGCAGCACAGAGAUUUUCUCUGAAGCCAGCUGGGAGCAGGUGGAUAAACAGGACACGGAGAUGACUCGAUGGCUCCCUGACCACCUGGCUGCCCACUGCUAUGCGUGUGAUAGUGCCUUCUGGCUUGCCAGUAGGAAGCACCACUGCAGGGACACUGACCGUGUUGAUCAAACGUGGAAUUGUGGGAAUGUAUUCUGCUCCAGUUGUUGUAACCAGAAGGUUCCAGUUCCCAGCCAACAGCUCUUUGAACCUAGUCGCGUGUGCAAGUCUUGCUAUAGCAGCCUGCAUCCCACAAGCUCCAGCAUUGACCUUGAACUGGAUAAGCCCAUUGCUGCCACUUCAAACUGAAGCUUAGUGACCUGGGGUGGGCAGAGGCCAAGCUACUCUUCCUCUGACAGGCCCACAAAGCCUGGGCAGACCAAGAAGCCCGUGCACUUUGGAAUGGGGACAUGGAACCAACUGUGCAGAGUGAUGGAAAUUUGGGAUGUACCACUGGAUUGUAGAUUGAUUCCCCACCUGCCACCCCCUAUUUUUUUUCUCUUCAUUUUUUGUCCUCCCUCUGCUUCUCCUGGUUGUCUUAAAAAAAAAAAAAACUUUUUUUUUUUUAUGAAAAACCAGAGGUUGCCAGGUUCCCUAUAAUUGUUGAGCUGCCUGCUGCCAGGUGGUGCUGAGGGUUGGCUUGGUUUCUCAGGAUGGGAGGAGGCUGGUUGAGUUAGAGUGGAGGCCUGAGAUAAUGAGCAGGGAAUACAGUCAAUGCUGACAUUUGUGACUGUUCCUCACACUGCUGCCACAUCAGACUGGUUGGCAAAACCUUUGCUUCUGAGGACACUGAAGGCAUCUGCCUGAUGAACAGUGCUCUGGGUGUCUGCUCCCUCAUGAGAAUCCUACCCCACAGCAGAUAAAUGGGAUUGGCAUUUGGGGGGAGAGGCACACAGUUAGUGAGACUCUUUAGGCCUUUGGGGAAGGAGAGGGUAUGCUCCAAGGCAAGAGAACUGGGAAUGGGUGGCCAGCCUCUUCUUCCCAAUGGGAUUCUUUUUAUACCUUGACCAUCCCUUCACUGUCGAUGGUCUACCCACCUCAGCAGGCUGUGUAGCCUCUACCCUCAGUCAUGAGAGGGCAGACUGGCCAGAGUGCAGUGUCCUGCUGUGGUCAAGGCCAAAGUAUGCUCCGAGCCCGGAAACACCUGGAAACCCCUUUCAGGACCUGGUCCCCCAAACAAUCUCUUCUUGGCCAGCACAGGGAAAUCCAGACUCAGGGUUCCAAAAAUUCCCCACUCCCAAACCAAACAAAUCAUGGAUCUCCCCCUUAAGGGGUAGACUCAGCCUUUCAGAGUGCAAUCAUCAUGAAAAGGGAGCAUGUCCCAUAGAAUCAGCCUCCCUCCACCUCCCCUUAGAGCAGUGGGAAGGGCCCAGCGGUCCCACUGCCCUGCUCCUAUGCUGCUGGCCUGCAGUGAGGGCCCACUUCUCUAUUCUGCAGUGUUCCUUAGAGAAGUGACACAGCCUGUAAGAGACAUGAAGCACCUUUCCUCAGCUUUGAUGUGGUCCAAAAAGAGCCUUAAAUCAAGAAUAUUUGGUGGAGGUAGAUAUAGAGAAGGGUGGAGAGGAGUUAAGGUUUGUGUUUUAUGAUCUUGGCAUCCAUGUUUUGUGCUUGCCCUCCCUCUUGGGGGAAGGGCCAUGCUUGGCUCUGCUAAAAGCUGCUGUCACAGCAGAUUGUGGUGUGCAGUGGGGGCAAGGCUGGGGAACUCUCCUGACCCUUUGGAUGCAGUUCCCUGGCCAAGGGCAAGUUGUGUCUCAGGAAGGUGGCUCCUGGGUGCACCUGGGUGUAGUUAAGAUGUGGCCAGAAGCCUUUCCUGGAGUUAUCAGUCCAGGCAAAAGCCAAGAGCAUCUGAGAACGUCUUUGACUUCCCAGUGGCAGCAGGUUGCUUGGAAUUUGAAUUUAGUGAAACAGGGUGUAAGUUCUUCUCCGCACUCUGUGUGUGGUCUGGCCUUGCAGGUAGGGAGAAGUCAGUCUAAUUGAAGAUUGUGCAGUUCCUAGUGACAGGUGCCAAGAGGUUAUGAUACGGGUUUCUUGGGUCUGGUGUACAGUGUGAAUAAAUGCUUGCAGCUCUUAGCUCUUUUUUGAUCAAUGAAGCACUUUUUUAUUAAUAUUUUUCUUUGUAAAGGAGGAACCGUAACUCUCCGUAGCUGUACAUAUAACCCUUUUCUUCUAAAGAGGAGUCAGUCAGUGCUCCUAUAUUUUUCAUUUUUGUCAAAGCAAGAAGUAAAUACUUUAGAACUGUUAAAUAUAUAAAUAAAGUGAAUAAAGUUUAGUGUUCCGCAUGGUAGCA